ACCUCUACUAAACCAUACUUCAACUGGACCAUCACCUAUGGUAACAACGUGAAUGCUGGCAACUACGUGGCAACGGUUUCCAUUCGACAUUGGUACGCGGUUCUGUACCUACCGGCGGCGGAAAAAUCUAUUGGUUUUAAUCUUACCAGUCUUCUGAACGGCCAGAUGCAGCUGAUUCAGAACCAAAGCAUAGUCGACACGGAAUACAUAUCCAGUGUGACGCCAUUGAAUCAAACGAUCGUCCUCACUGAUAGCGAUAAACGGGUCCUACGGCAGGCGACCUACAUCCGAACCUAUUGGUUUAUCAAUUGCCAGUACAUCGGCACGUCCGAUGAGUUUACCAAGCUGAGUAAUUACACAUCGGAGAACCAGAACUACACCAUCGAAGCGUUGGUGGUGGCGUCCUUCGAUAAGCUUCCGGAGCCUACAACAACAACCACGACCACCACUACCACCACAACUACGACGACCACGACUACUACUACUACUACAACGCCAGCUACUACAACCACUAGUUCUACUACUCCGUCAACUACAACUUCCACAACGACAGUAUCUCCAAACAGUACAACGCCAGCAUCUACCAGUUCUAGUACUACGACCACCAGUACCACGCCAAAGCCGAAACCUGACAGAAGAAGACGCCAUAUUCCGUUUCCGCCAGCAGCAGGAAAUGGCGAUGUCCUCGCCAGUGUUAGCCCACUGCUGCUCAACAUGACCGAUAUACGAAGUAUCAUCCUGGACGGCGAACGGAUACCGGAACAUCUUUUGCAGCAGGUGGAAGAUCAAACCGACGGCGGAUCGACGAUAAGUCGCAUCGUGAAAAAGUCCGAUCCCAGCUUCAACAUUGACGAUUCUCGGCAACCGUUCGUUUGUGGCAACAGUUCGAUGGUCCCGCCGGAUCCGAAGAAAACCUAUGGGCAUUUCGUGCGACAGGUCACGGUGCAAAAUCCAAUCGCCAAAUUGAACAUUUCUGGACCGCAGUGGGUACAGCAGGGUUCCCCGGCCAAUCUGACGUUCCAGUGUACGGGAUCGCCACCGUUCAGCUUCUGCUAUAAUGUCAUUUAUGGACAAUACAACAUCACCAAGAACGAGACGUGCAGAAACUACUGGCAAGUUAGUGAAGAUAGCUGUAAGUUUAGGUACACCUCGUGGGUGUUCCAUAAGGAGCAGCAGUCGUUGGUGGUGUUCAUGAAGAAUAGGAUUUCCGAACAGAUAGUUCAGGUGGGACUGCAGAUCUACGAAAAUCAACCCAAAUCGCAACUCUCGGUCAUCGUAGUCCCGAUCGGGUUCUGCCUGCUGGCGGUGAUCCUGGUGGUGUUCGGCGUCGCUUACUACAUCCAGAACCGGGAACGCUUCAUCGUGGAGGUGGCCGAUUUCAACUUUGGCGACACCAACUCCCUGGACGACGACAUGGAGUACAAAACGUUCCAGCAGCGGUUGCUGGACAGCGUACGCGAUACGGUCCGGCUGCCGCGGUUUCGACUGGGGUCGAGCGGGGCCAGCCACGACGGCGAUGACCUGUCACCGUCGGCCGUGGGCGAAAGUUCCCUGCGGUACGGCGCCAUGACCUAAAAGGACGUGGACGUGUGGAGGCGGUUUUCGAGGUUCGUUGUGAAAUUGUAUUGUUUUACUUUGGGGAAGUCGUCUGUGGGUGAGUAUUCGGUGGAGUUUUUGUAUUGUGUAUGAAAAGCGAAGAGCAUCGAAGUCUCUUCUGUAUUUGAAGUAAUAGAGUUUUCUCGUAAUAACGAGAUAGCAACAUUGUUUGGAACAUGGAGAACGAUUAGUGAAUUGAGUUUGUAGAAAGCAUAUUUUAUUUCUCAAGCGAAAAUUUACAUCUGCUUUCCGUGAAGCAAUAAUACAGCUGGAUUAUGAUGGAGCAGAAGAAAGAAUGAGGAAACUUGAGAGUUCUUCAAUUUCGGUCGGUCGGUCACCUUUAACACAGUGCUUUUGGAAAAGAUUUGGAGUGGAACCAUAAGCAUUACACGAUUCUGUUUGAAAAGAUGAUUUUGCAUGCAUUGUUUCCCAAAUGUUCCACAUGUUUUUCAGUGUCCAACUAUGCUGAACUACUGUUUUCAAUUUUGUUUUGUAACAAGCUGACUAUAUUCAAUUCUGUCACAAAUAUGUUUUUCUAAUAUAUGUAUAUGUAUUUCAUGCCUUCCUAACAACCCUUCACUGAUUGUCUGACGUGUUCCGAACUGAGAAGAAACUCUAUCGUAAUAUCAACAACCAAUUAGCAAAAUCAUCAAAUUAGGUCGAAACCAGAAUAAAAAAGUUGAGAAAACUCCCCUUCUAAAAUCUAAAGACUGUUUUGCAAAUUAGACAUCGCUUGAGUGGCGUUGGGGCAUCUCUCAGAAAACAAAAACUCUGAGGAAAGCUUCCGAAUACGUUCUUUCAAGCAACCGAAAAACAAGAAUCAAUUACAAGUAUGGAUACAUCUGAACACAACAAAUGUAUCCUUUUCAAUCGUCCUUGGUUUAAGCAUAGUAACUAGUUUUAAACAUAUGUUUUAUCCAGAAAUUGAAACUGAAUAAUUAAUCAAAAUGUGAUAUGUUCUUAUACAUUUGCGAUAAGGAUUUUUUCAAUAACCAAAAUUAUAUAUUUUUACGUUUUUUUAUCGCCUUAUUUUAUGCUUAUGUUUAUUAUCACCCUUGGUUGAGUGUCGCACAUCUAUCAAAGUUCCAGAAAAAAGAGUACGUAAAGGCGCGAACGUUUGCAUUGAUUGUAUUUGUAUAUAAUCUCUUAUAUAGUGUAACACUACUUUAAGCUAGCACCUACAAAACUGUUGAGAGGAAAAUUCGAAUGUAUAUUAUAUUCAGCGAAAUUUGACAGAUAGUCUUAGUUAAAAUUUUAUUCAAAAGAGUCUAUGCUAAAGUGAACACACGAUUGGUGAAGUGUUGAUUUAUUUUCUGACAGUGUUCCAUUUAUGUUCUCGAACAACGGUAGAUAGAAAUCACCAUUUGGACGAUUGGAAUAAUUCGAAAUUAAGCUGGAAAUGCGAAUGAGUAAAUGCACUGAUAAAACUUAUUGUAGGCUUUAAAGGACAAGUAUGAUAUAGAGAUACAGAUGAAUGAAUGAA